AUGCUCACCACGUGCCGCCCAGACUAUGGGGACUGCGAUCGGUCCACCGGAGGGCGCUCUCACACCGAGGACCAGACCACCGGGACCUCACUGAGGAGAAACGAGAUGUCUUCCCAACGGAACUCCUUUUCCGUGGAUCGCGGGAGAGGGGUUUGGGUGAAGACUGUCCUGGAGCCGGUUGGAUCUCCUCCGGGAAUGGCUUUCGGCCACGCCUGGGAAGUGCUGAAACUGCUGAAGAUGGCCACUGGGAUGAGAGCUCUCCUGGACACAGUAGUGCAAGCUCUUCCGCAGGUGGGAAACCUCGGUCUCCUCUUCAUGCUGUUAUUUUUUAUCUACGCUGCACUGGGGGUUGAGCUGUUUGGCAGAUUAGUGUGUAACGAGGACUACCCGUGUGAGGGUAUGAGCCGACAUGCUACCUUUGAGAACUUCGGGAUGGCUUUCCUCACCCUCUUCCAAGUGUCAACCGGGGACAACUGGAACGGGAUAAUGAAGGACACGCUGAGGGACUGUAAUGGGGAAGACCGCACGUGUCUGACCAAUCUGCAGCUGAUCUCUCCGCUGUACUUCGUCAGCUUCGUGCUGACGGCGCAGUUCGUGCUGAUCAACGUGGUGGUGGCCGUCCUGAUGAAGCACCUGGACGACAGCAACAAGGAGGCCCUGGAGGACGCCGAGCUGGACGCCGAGAUCGAGCUGGAGCAGGCUCAGAAGCUGUGCGGGCCGGGGGCC